GGUACAAACAAUGGGGUUAAACGAGUGCUAAGAGCUGCUCGUGGUCUGCCUUCACAAAUGCUAAAAUUAUAAGGAAGCUAGCAUGGAGGCAUGUGUUUUUCUGUUUCCUCAAUUCAACUUUUUGGCACCAAAGGAGGAAGCAUAUUUCAAAAUGCUCGGUCCUGAGGACUUGAAGGCACCGAGAAUGAAAGAUAGUAAUUCCAGGUAGGUUUUUUGCACUUAAAAUCUUCAUAUCCUUUUUAUUUGAAAGCAGAAUUCGAUUUUUGUGUAUUUUAACAAUUCUAUAAAGCUUCUAAGUCCUUCUUUCAUUACAUUUUGUAAUAAUUCCACUUCCUUAAUUUGCAUUGCACAACAAUAAUGGGAGACAGACAGAGAAAACCUUACCACUAAUAUGAAUAUGUUCUCUGAUAUUGUGACUUUCUCCUCCACAACUCUUCCACUCUUUAAGUGUUGCUGUUAACUUCAUCAUGUAAGGGGGUCUGCCAUGGCACCAUGUUUGACUUGUUUCUACAGAGUGAGAGUGUACAUGUGUAUCUGAGAGCCAUUGCCAUUAUCUCAAUAGCAGAAGAUCAGAAAAUAAAUGUUUAUUCGUUAAGGUGACACCCUAGAACUAACAAUUGUGAGUUCUGUACUUUGGUUCAUUUAUUUGCAUCUUUGAGUAUUUGACAAGACAAGUGGAGACACAGAGUAGGUGUUAAAGUGUCAUGAUGUUGUUUGUUUGAGAGUAUGAAGUCAUUUGGGGCUGUCUCGGUAUGUUGAUUCUUUUGAUGUAGAACAGUGAGGCAAAUUAAAUGACUACACGAUGGCGAUGAAUUGUGACAUGGUAAAACAGUUGUUCUUCAUAACUAUCCAUCAAUGAACUAUACAAAAGUUGAAUGAUAAAACCUCGACAGGAGGUAGAGAGGAGACAGGGGAAAUAAAACUUUUGAGUGAUUUGCAGCACAGUUUCAGUUGCUGUCUGUGUCAAUUCCUGUCCAUGCAAAUUCCCUUGAAUGUGCUGCAGAUACUGUGGCUCGUUGAGUAGAAGUGCAGAAGUACAUUUCCCCUUGGUUUGCCUUUGUUCUGUGUUUCAGGGCAUAUGUGUGGUUGGUUCCUAGUUUCAGAAUGAUGCUUAGCACACUGACACCAUCUUGUUUUGCUAGCAUUCUCAAGGGCACUGUCCACCCCACACCAUCUUGGCCACAAAUGAGAUGCCACUGCUGCCUUCAGUGAAACACUGCAUGCUCUGUUGACCUUUACGUCAUGUGACCCAGGUGGAAAGAAAGAAGAGGGCCUAUUUAUUUCAGUUGUCAUGUGAACGUCCAUGUUGAAGGUCCUCGGCUUGAGUAAACAAUGGCCGGUUUACUCCUCUGUUGUUGUUUUUGUAGCCUGGUUCCCAGAUAUGCUUGCGCUGUCUUGCCGACUGAAACAAUGUUUAGCGUGACAAUAACCAUAGGAGUUGGCAAGACAGCACAAACAGAUCUGGGACCAGGCUAGUGAUUUCGUACAUUAUGAUUCAACUGCUGUACAAUAAACCGGAAUGUAUCAUUAUGUAAAGUGUUCCAUAAACUUCGGUUGCAGAUUGAAAGACAAGAGGAGCCGACUGAGCCUUCUGCUGACCAAGUCAGGCUCCCAUGAAAACAUCGGUCCAGAAAAGAAGACCACCACCGCAACCAGCAAGUAAGACCUCAGUCAAGUAUAGUGGCAAAGCAAUGGAAAGAGAUUGCCCUGCAGAAUAACAUAACAUGUUUAAUUGCCCCAGUUACCCAAUUUGUAUUGAAGAGCAUUUUCAAUCUUAAGGGCAUUCCACACUGUACGUCGGUUUCAGUCUUUUAAGAUUAUUACAUGUCACACUGUGCGAUGUGACCAAAUUUGAAUAUUGAUAUCAACCUGGCCAGAUUGUAUGAUUUGCUUCAGUUCUGUCGUCACAUUCUGCAAUUGGCUUGCGAGGCUAGUUCAGCCGACGUAGGCUACGUCAACUGGGCGUAUCAAGCAUGGCAUCGAAAGAACAACAACAAGCUCCUCGUAAUGAAAAGCUCAACUCUCAAAUUGAAGAGGCACAUCACAACAUGGAAAAGGCUAACACCGGAUAUAAGGCCCAUAGCUCAAAUGUGAUGUGCGCCUCCACAUAAUCAUUGCCAUUUCUCAAUACAUUCAUUGACAUUUUGACAUUCGAGGUGUGUUUAUGUUAUUAGCAACUACACACAGGCCAUUACUUGCACCAAGUUUUCAUUAUACAAUGUGUGAAUUCUACAGUCUAAUUUUGAAUAAACAAAUGCAUGCCACACUACACGACAUUUCUGACGCUGCCAGAACUUUGUUGGAGCCUACGACCGCACAUAGUCAUGCUUAAUGGGCAGACCUAGACCCUGUCACACUGAGACGUCCGACAAUCGUUUACGACCUAAGAAUUUGCCCACAACUUGGAAAUGUUGUCUUGGACGGCAAAAUCGUGGCAUAAGAUGGCUAAAACCGUACAGUCUGUGCGGGCCUUAAAUGGUAUCUCUGACUCUUUUUUCGCAGCAUCUCACCGGAGGCAGCUUUGAGAUGGAGCGACACCUUUGAAGAGCUGCUCAGACAUUCAGGUUAGAUUGAAGCCAGCGAUGUCUCAUUUAGUCACAAAUUGCGAGUCUAUUUUUGUUCAAAGCACAACUUUAAUGGGAAGCCACAUUGUCUUUAGGGAAAUUAAAGGUUAGAGGAGAGAACAAUGGAGUUUCACUACAUGUUUUCGGUGUUAGGUAAGACUAUCAAACCUGUCUAACUUCCUGAGAUGUCUAUUGAAGAGUGUUUCAUUACAGCUGUAAAUCAUUUUGCAGGGUUUGCUCUAUGAGUCAUUGAGAAUCUUUCCCACUUUUCAUAGAGAGCAGGUUGAGAAUCUACAGAGUUUGACCAUCUCUAUUUUGAAUAUGAAUAAACAAAAAUAAGCCAAAUCUCAAUUAACAUAGUCUGAAAUUCAAUCAAGUGUAAGUUACAAAGUAACUCAUCUACAGUUUCAGCCUCAAGUGGGCACAGUGCAGAUCCCUUUGUCACCAUUAUUCUGGAGCAGUACAUGCUGUUUUUAUCCAUAUAAGCCUCAUGAUUGAAUCCAAUGAAUCCAAUGGAUCAUUAAAGAGUAUGUUCUUCUCCCCCGGGUAGAUGGAGUGGAGACGUUCUCUCAGUUCCUCAGAACAGAGUUCAGUGAGGAGAACAUUGAGUUCUGGUUGGCCUGUGAGGAAUACAAGACCAUCAACUCGGAUUCCAGGCUCAUCACCAAAGCCAAGCAGAUGUAUGCUGUCUUCAUUGAAGCCGAGGCCCCAAAGGAGGUAUAUAUGGUGCUUGAGAAAUGAAACCAAAUGGGCCUUGCUGGAGCUUUAUGAGCCGUAUAGGGUCUACAGGUUUUCCUGACCAUGUGGGCCCUAUCAAUGGCAAUAGGAAAUCUGUGGGCAACACCAAUGGAACUUCCCUAAAGCUGGUGGUUGGUCAACGGGCAUCUCAUUCAACUAUUCACAGAAAGAUCAAAUCUCAUCUUUGUUGCUCUUCUAUGGUCUUUAUCUAAUUCAAAAGGAGACUGAUGCAAUGCAUCAACAUUCACCACUAUACAUACUUUGACUUUUAUAAACUAUGCACAGGAACUAUGCAGAGGUUACAAUGAGUAUGAUGCAUGAACAAAGCUCUGAGUGCAUGAGCACCCUGUGGUUGAGAAUAUGCUCUAUACGCCUAGUGAGACAGAUAUGACCAUUAUAGAACUGUGUGGUUUAGGAGCGUUAUAACCUCAGGCACCAUUGGACGCAGACAGACGUGAGCGUGUGGUUUUCCUUCUCUGCAACUAGCAGCAACUGAGCCAGUGGAAUAAUUACCCACACACUUUCAGUUUGAUAUGAAGACGUUAGCGCCUUCUAAGCUCAGUUGAAGAAUAAGUGAGCAGGACUUCCAAACCAAGUACAGGGACAUGUAAUGUGUCACAGAAGUGUACUUACAUGGAGGGCUCCAUAAACUAGGAAGAAUGCCUCUAGGUGUCUUGGGCCAGUCAUGAACUGUAGCUGUUUACAGUAUAUUGACCUCUCACCCACUGAUCUAAAACAAGUCGCACUUGCCAAUAUAAAGGAUUGGGUGUUCAGCUGAAAUAACAUCUCAUUUGCAUAUACCCGUGGGCAUAAUUAUAACAUUUGCAAGAAAUUACUCUCUAUCCAACCAGCAUUUUACUAAGGUACCGCCCCCUCAUAAUCUCACAAUCUCCAGUAGCUUUCACCAUGGAUUUCACUCAAAUUCAUGAUUGUUUUUGUCAAAUCCUCUUGCAUAUUCAACAUUAGGUGGAGACUACAGUGAGCUCCAAUAGGACAAAUUCAUUUAUAUGUGUAUUAAAGUAGUCAAAAGUUUAGUAUUUGGUCCCAUAUUCCUAGCACACAAUGAUUACAUCAAGCUUGUGACUCUACAAACUUGUUGGAUGCAUUUGCUGUUUGCAUUUGCCCCAGACCAUUAUUCCUCCUCCACCAAACUUUACAGUUGGCACUAUGCAUUCGGCAGGUAGAAUUCCAAACCCAGAUUCAUCCGUUGGACUGCCAGAUGGUGAAGCGUGAUUCAUCACCCCAGAGAACGCGUUUUCCCUGCUCCAGAGUCCAAUACCGGCGAGCUUUACACAACUCCAGCCGACGCUUGGCAUUGCGCAUGGUGAUCUUAGGCUUGUGUGCGGCUGCUCGGCCAUGGAAACCCAUUUUAUGAAGCUCCUGACAAACAGUUAUUGUGCUGACGUUGCUUCCAGUAGCAGUUUGUAACUCGGUAGUGAGUGUUGCACUUCAGCACUUGGCGGUCCCGUUCUGUGAGCUUGUGUGGCCUACUGCUUCACGCUGAGCUGUUGUUGCUCGUAGACGUUUCCACUUCACAAUAACAGCACUUACAGUUGACCGGGGCAGCUCUAGCAGGGCAAGAAUUUGACAAACUGACUUGUUGUAAAGGUGGCAUCCUAUGACGGUGCCACGUUGAAAGUCACUGAGCUCUUCAGUAAGGCCAUUCUACUGCCAAUGUUUGUCUAUGGAGAUUGCAUGGCUGUGUGCUCGAUUUUAUACACCUGUCAGCAACCGAUGUGGCUGAAAUCCACUAUUUUGAAGGGGUGUCCACAUACUUUUGUAUAUAUAGUGUAGAUGCAAAUAAAAAAACACAUGUUCCAUUGUUGACAUUUUGAAGGGAGCUGGCAUUUGUUUGAGCAGUCAUAACAGGCGUUUCAGUGAUCGGAAAAUCAAUGGGGAGAUGUGCUUUGUACAAGCAACAGUUGGAAUGCGCAUUGCUUUCCUUUUGAAAUAAAUCAAAGGGCAAGGUGGAGCUAUUACCAUAUUACCAUAUCUAAGGUUCAAUUUGAGAUUGAGCCACAUCCAUUUAACAUACUCAUGAUAGUGUCACUUUACUUUUAGGUCAACAUCGACUACGCCACAAAGGUGGCCAUCCGGAAGAACAUCGCCACGCCGACGAAUACCUGCUUCGAUGCGGCACAGAGCAAAGUCUACAGCCUGAUGAAAAAAGACUGCUACCCGAGGUUCCUCACUUCCGACAUCUACCUGCGCCUCACCAAGAGAAAAGGCCCCGGGACCACCAUGUACCGCCGGAGGUCACGGUCCUGUGUUUUCAAUGAGCCGCGAGGGGAGGCCACGGGCGACUCCUCUGCCUGGUUGUAGCAUCUUAAGCUGAGAGUAGCACAACACACACAAACACACACACACACAAACACCCGCACACACACCACACACACACCCUUCUAAUUUCCCUUGCAGUGCAAUGCCUGUAUCUGACUAGCUGUGUGACUGUGGAACGUUGUGUCUUUUUAAUGAGACUUUCUGAAGAGAUUUGACUUUACAGCUACCUGUUAAAGUGUUCCCCAUCUAGACAGCAAACAUGCACAUAAUACUGUGUUUGAAUACUAAUAUGCAAUAUUCAUCUUGAUUACCGUUAAAUGUCUUGCCACUGCUUGUAUUAAUUCAAUAAUUUAUGAUAAUAAUCUGUUAUGUUGGCUUUUAGUUGUAAAUUGUAUAUAUUGUCUGGAGAGUAAUUAUUGGAAUAAACAACGUACUUUGAAAGCUUUUUCUAAUGUUUAUAACUGUUCAAUUAUGUCAAAAGAGACAAACAAAAACAUCACAAAUAGCGACUAUGAUGUUAGUGCAUUACACAAUCAGAAGGGGAAGUAUUUGGAAGGAACCCCUACCGAAUCACUAAAAAAUGUAUAAACCUCACUGAGCAAGUGAGUAACCACUCUAUGAUUAGAAAGAUUCACAUCAUUGUAUUCCUUACAAAGAAAAAUAUGUAAUCAUUCUAAGCUGCCAGUGAUUCCACUGAAUCUAUCUUGGCGGUGUCUUUAUUUGCAGGCUGCUGAAGGUGCUGGUCGAGGACACACAGCGCCUCACUGUGGCUCACAAGAGCCAGUGUGGGCCAAGAGUACUUCCUGGUCAAGUCUAUUGACCAGGAACUAUUGGCCCUUGUUAUAAUUCAUGGCUCGUGACCAUGUGGUCUGGUUACUAGGGAAAACUCCUGGCCCUAGCCAUGACAGCUAGAUGACAGGGUGUUGGAAGAGGAAUAAAUGAGUGUUUGUAUAAAAUCUGUACAUUAUAUUAAACAUUCCACAAUGCAAUGUCUUCAUGGCAGCUAGGGGAACAAGGGAAACAACAAACGGGGGAAAAACUGUUUUAUUUAUGUUUUGUGUGUGGGUAGGAAUGCUUUGAUAGUAAACUCCUCUGGGUUCACUUCAAUCAGAAUCCACCAACUAUGUAGUUUUGGGAUGUAUAGCAACCCCACCAGCAAUAGACAGUGUUUCAGAGUCUGCACUGCACCAAUGGAAACACUUCUCAGCACUGUGCACAUGCGAGCAGGGACGGCUUGUUCAAUAGGGCGAUAUGGGCGACGCACUGCCAAACGGGAAAAGGAAGGGAUUUUUUUUCUAAUCAAUUAUAUCACGGCAACAGCAGUUAUCAGUGUUCACGUCUGAUCUGCCAGCCACUAAAUGUCAAAUCAGGCUAAAGUCGUGCUUCAAAUGGCCCCGCCCGUUUUUUGGGCGAUUUCAGUCAGGUUGAAAAUCGCCCAGAAGUCUCUCAUAGCCUGUCAUGUAAAAUCUAUUUUUUUUCACAUUUCAAAGUGUCACACUCUGGCUCCGGGACUGUGUGUUAGAGCCAGGGUGUAUUUCAUUUGGUGGUGUUGGGUUGGGUGAGUUUCAUUUGUUUGUGUUUUUUGGUGAUUGGUUAAUGACUCCCAAUCGGAGGUAACGAGUGUCAGCUGUCGGCUCGUUAUCUCUGAUUGGGAGCCAUAUAUAUUCUGUGUGUUUUUCUCCUUGUGUUUGUGGGUUUUUGUUUCCUUGUGCUAUGUUCAGUCGGUGUCAUAGAGAACUUCACGUAUCGUCUUUUGUUGUUUUUUCGUGGUUGCUUUUAUAAAUAAAGUCAUCAUGUUCACUCACAACGCUGCGCAUUGGUCUCCUGCUUCAGACGAUCGUGACAGAAAAACCCACCAUCAAAGGACCAAGCAGCGUGUCCAGGAGCCGAGGGUCUGGACAUGGGAAUAACUUUUGGACGGUAAAGGGUCCUGGACGUGGGAAGAAAUCCUGGAUGGCAUGGAUCGCCGUCCAUGGAGCGAGACAGAGGAGAGGCGACGGAGAGAGGAGCAACGGCGUCGGCAGAGCCAACGUCGGAAGGACGAGAGGCAACCCCAAGAAAUUUUUGGGGGGGGGCACAUGGCUUGGGCGACUGAGCAGCAGGAGGCUGCCACAAGGCAGAGUCAGAAGGCUGCCAGGUUAAGGGGGCUGACGGAGGCAGAGAAGGGACGGAUUCAGGAGGCUACCAGGUCAAGGGGGCUAUUGGCGAGUAGAAGGAGGGAAGUGUGUGUGGCACGGCGUGAAGGACUGAUGUGUGUUGCCAGUCCGGUCCGGCCCGUUCCUGAUCCUCGGUUGAAGCCAGUAGUGUGUGUUCCCCGUACGGUACGGCCUGUUCCGGCCCCUCGCACUAAGUGUACGGUGCGCGUCGCCAGCCCGGUUCGGCCUGAUCCUGCCACCCGCACCAAGUGUACGGUGCGCGUCGCCAGCCCAGCCCGGCCUGUUCCGGUCCCUCGCACUAAGUGUACGGUGCGCGUCGCCAGCCCGGUUCGGCCUGUUCCUGCCAUCCGCACCAAGUGUACGGUGCGCGUCGCCAGCCCAGCCCGGCCUGUUCCUACUCCACGCACCAGGGAUACGGUGCGCUUCGCCAGCCCGGCCCGGCCUGUUCCGGCCACUCGCACCAGGGAUACGGUGCGCGUCGCCAGCCCAGCCCGGCCUGUUCCUGCUCUCCGCACUAGGCGUGAGGUGAGUCCCCAGGGUCCAGCAUGCCCUGUUCCGGCUCCCCGCACUAGGCGUUAUGGGAGUCCCCAGGGUCCAGCAUGCCCUGUUCCGACUCCCCGCACUAGACCUGAGAUGCGUGUCCUCAGCCCGGUACCUCCAGUUCCGGCACCACGCAUCAGGCCUACGGUGCGUCCCCAGGGUCCAGCAUGCCCUGUUGCUGCUUCCCGCACUAGCCCUGAGAUGCGUGUCCUCAGCCCGGUACCUCCAGUUCCGGCACCACGCAUCAGGCCUACGGUGCGUCCCCAGGGUCCAGCAUGCCCUGUUGCUUCUCCCCGCACUAGCCCUGAGAUGCGUGUCCUCAGCCCGGUACCUCCUGUUCCGGCACCACGCACCAGGCCUACGAUGCGCCUCAGACGGCCAGAGUCUGCCGUCUGCCCAACGGGGCCUGAACUGCCCGUCUGCCCAAAGCCUGCAAAGCCGCCCGUCUGCCAUGAGCCAUCAGAGCCGUCCGCCAGACCGGAGCCGCUAGAGCCUUCCGCCAGACAGGAUCAGCCAGAGCCUUCCGCCAGACAGGAUCAGCCAGAGCCUUCUGCCAGACAGGAUCAGCCAGAGCCUUCUGCCAGACAGGAUCAGCCAGAGCCUUCUGCCAGACAGGAUCAGCCAGAGCCUUCCGCCAGACAGGAUCAGCCAGAUCCGUCAGUCGGCCAUGAGCAGCCAGAUCCGUCAGCCAGCCAUGAGCAGCCAGAUCCGUCAGCCAGCCAUGAGCAGCCAGAUCCGUCAGCCAGCCAUGAGCAGCCAGAUCCGUCAGCCAGCCAUGAGCAGCCAGAUCCGUCAGCCAGCCAUGAGCAGCCAGAUCCGUCAGCCAGCCAUGAGCAGCCAGAUCCGUCAGCCAGCCAUGAGCAGCCAGAUCCGUCAGCCAGCCAUGAGCCGUCCAGCCAGGAUCCGCCAGAGCCGUCCAGCCGGGAUCCGCCAGGGCCGUCCAGCCAGGAUCCGCCAGCCAGCCAGGAUCCGCCAGAGCCAGCCAGCCAGGAUCCGCCAUUUAGUCAGGUGCUGCCCCUUAGCUCGGUGUUGCUCCUUAUCCUGGUGCUGUCCCUUAUCCUGGUGCUGUCCCUUAGCCUGGUACUGCCCCUUAGUCCGGUACUGCCCCUUAGUCCGGUACUGCCCCGUAGUCCGGUGCUGCCCCUUAGUCCGGUGCCGCCCCUUAACCCAGUGGGGUGUAGUUGGGGGGUGGUAAUGUGUAGGAGGCAAAUUAAGUGGGUAAUGACUAUGGUGGGGUGGGGAUCACGACCAGCGCCAGAGCCGCCUCCGUGGAGUAACACCCACCCAGCCCUCCCCAUUUUUGGGUUAGGCGCGGUCGGAGUCCGCGCCUUUGGGGGGGGGUACUGUCACACUCUGGCUCCGGGACUGUGUGUUAGAGCCAGGGUGUAUUUCAUUUGGUGGUGUUGGGUUGGGUGAGUUUCAUUUGUUUGUGUUUUUUGGUGAUUGGUUAAUGACUCCCAAUCGGAGGUAACGAGUGUCAGCUGUCGGCUCGUUAUCUCUGAUUGGGAGCCAUAUAUAUUCUGUGUGUUUUUCUCCUUGUGUUUGUGGGUUUUUGUUUCCUUGUGCUAUGUUCAGUCGGUGUCAUAGAGAACUUCACGUAUCGUCUUUUGUUGUUUUUUCGUGGUUGCUUUUAUAAAUAAAGUCAUCAUGUUCACUCACAACGCUGCGCAUUGGUCUCCUGCUUCAGACGAUCGUGACACAAAGCUUUCAAUACAUUCUCUAUGGGUGUCUGUGGGCAUGCACUUACGCGCUUUCGUCAUACGUGACGUAACGUUGAACGUAACUAAGACAAUGGCGGCUAGCAGCGUCUAUGUUGCGACCUGCAGUGUGGCGUUAUUUUAUGUUUUUAAUUUGUAGACUUAGUUUACAAACAUUCUGCAAACAUUCUGCUUUGGACUGAUCUUCGGUUUUGGACUGAUCUUGUUGAUCGUGUACAUACCCGCUACGAACGGACUAAAUAAUGAAAACGCUGCUGGCAGCGGAAUCCCAAUACAGCUGGGAGACUUGGCUGGAUGACAGAGUCCCGGACAGAGAGGUGGAGCCGGCCGGCUUCACCCUGGUCAGAGCGGACCGCGAUCCUGGUAAGAGAGCGACUCUGUACCCCGACAUUGAACUGCUUUCUGUGUCAUUGAACCUUACUAUUGUUGAUAAAACAAGUUUACUGGAGAACGGAGACCAAGUAGAGACUUUUGGACAAGGUGGAUAAUUGUAUAAUAUAAGGCAGUUUAUUCAGAGGUAAAGAUAUCUGGAAUCGCGUGCACGGACCCGUUCGUCAAACUCGUAGGGAGUUUAUCAGAAGAGCCCCUAAACAUUGUGUGCUGACAUUUUAUACAAUAAAAUGAAGUAGGUUGAAUCUAGUAGUUCUGAUCUUCUGAUUGGUCCUGAUGAGUUGGGCGAGGUCACCUCCAUGCUAGUGUCACUGUUGCAUUGGCUCUGAGUCGGGUUCUCUGUCUUCAGAUGUUCAGCCUAAGAGAAGAGGAUUUGUGUGUGUGUGUGUUUGUUAUCAGUGUGUGUGUGUGUGUGUGUGUGUGUGUUUGUUAUCAGUGAUGAUGUGUGUGUGUGUGUGUGUGUGUUUAUCAGUGAUGAUGUGUGUGUGUGUGUGUGUGUGUGUGUGUGUGUGUGUGUGUGUGUGUGGGUGUGUGUGUGUGUGUGUCCUCAGGGCAAGAACUCGUGAGUUGGAAGAACUGAGAGACCUAUGGCGUGGGUGUUAUCCUUAGCCACCUGCUGACAAGGCUGACAAGAUAGGACUCUUGUUCAUUGUAUUGAAUACAAAGGCCCAACACAAAAUGGGUCAUGCACAAGAUUUUAGUCAGACCAAGCUAUAACAUUAUAUAUUUACUACGACAGUACAUUCAACCAAAAGCUAAUAUAACAAAGGCAUCAGAGAUUAUUUAUAAUCUGUCACAGAAACUGGAAUCCAUCUCCCCAGAUCAGUCAAUAAAUGCUUCUGGUAUUGACUUAUAUGCUGCCCCUGUCUUCAUGUUGUUGCUGGACAUAUAUUUUUUAAAAUGUGUGUAGGUCACCUAAAUCAUCAGAAAAAUUGCCCCUCCUGAGAAUUUUUUCAGGAGCCGCCACUGCAUGCGAGACAGGCACCUCUUUUGAAAAUCAAAUUUCCCAGUCUUGGUGUGUCCACACGGAUGCAAAUCGGGAUCGCCGUGGUGUUUUCCAUCACCUGGUGAGAUUUACAUUCCUGGUUUUGUUUGGGAAGCACAUAAUGUCCUGGGCUGGAGGAUAAUGGGGAUCAGGAUAUGUGUGCACCCCAGGCAGGACUGUCCUCGUACACCAUGACCCGCCAUCAUUAGUACGUUAAUGACUACACAUUUGCAGUUACUGUAUACAUUGGGAAUAUUCCAUUACCCCUAUCCCACAAUGCAUCACUUAGCUGACACAUGAGGAUGGGUUUCCUAUAUGCAGAAAGAGCAUACCUUGCACUGACAGCAUCUGUGGAUAACCUUUGACCCUCCAUCUAGGCCGUAGAUAUUCAAUACCAUAAAAGGAUCAGAGAAGGGAAAUAUAACCAGCACAAUAUUAUAUAUAAGUAGCACUUUUCAAGCAAACAUGGACUAUUUUGUACUUUAACUACGUUAUUCACAAAGGCCAGUAUUCUUAACACUCAGAUACACCACUCAAACUUUCACACAAGUCAAAAUAGAGUCUACAAAGCCUAAACAUAUGAUGUGCUUUAGUGCAGGGUUAGAUUUGACAGACAUAAGAGAGAAUGACCGAAGAUAUCAUGCACAGUGCAUAGCAUAGAAUAUUAUUGUUGAUGUGUCAUUGUAAUUAAUGUGGAAGAUAUUCCACAACCGAUAUGCAAAUCAGCGUAAUACCAGGAUGCGGAAUUCCCUUCAUGCUCUAUUUGUUCAUGGUCAGCCUCCCAUCGAGUGGCUUCAUCAGCACUUCAUCAUCUGUUUAUAAUUCAUUUUCUAUUUUGCAUUUUACCUCACUCAUUUUACCUCAUUUCAUUUUCCAUCUGUAGCUUCUUAGGCUGUUCUAAGGCAUAAAUACAGAUACCAGUAUUUCAAAAGCCUUAACAAAUACUUCAAUGAGUAUUGAUGCUGUGGUUGACUAUUUUGUUAUAAUUGAAUAGCUUAUGAUGUAUUCCAUGUGUAGCUGUUUAGGCUGUUCAAAAGCAUAAAUACACAUACCUGUACUUCAAAAGUAUAAAAAUACAUACUUCGAUAUGUGUAUUAUGUAUUUUAGGUGACUAUUUUGUUGUGAUACUAUAGCAUAUGGCCAGGCAUGUUUAUCUUAUGUUUCUGUUGCUGACUAUGAAUGACUAUCUGAAAUAGAAUUUGGUUGCACUUUGUUUUACUGUAGAGUAUUAAUCCACUGAGAAAUGAUCAGGUGAAAUGGCAAUUACAGAGUAAUAACAUGUAAAAAGCUAUAUCUCUAUGAUAACAUUCUAAUAAUCACUUGAAACAAGCUCUACUGGGCACCAUUUGUUACCAAGUAGUACUAGUUAUUUCGAAUUCUUCAAAAGUGCCAUUCAUCGAUGGUGACGUCAUUUAUGUGUACGCUCUUUUGACUUUAGGGUUAUAUUAGGAUUAUAUACUCUGUAUUUCAUCUUCAUAUCUAUGAUUGAAACUGAGGUGGACAGGAUAUCAAAGAAGGCAUGAGGACCACUCCUUGAAACCCAGGUGUCUACUCUCUCAGAGGUCAGAGAGACGUUGGAAGGAAUCUCCAAACACUUUGCAUACUGAUUUUCAUGUGUUCAAUUCAUGGAGGAAGCUUUGUUUAGAUCAUUACCUGCAACUCAACUCCCUCACCUCGAAACAAUCAAAAUCUUAGCCUCACAUUGGCAGGAACAGUUUUCUCUCUCCCAGACAGACAACGCAGCCAUGGCAAUAAAGUGAGUUCCUUUAUCUCUGAUUCUGUAGAUGAAUGCCGCUAUGUUUCAAUAGAAGUUACAACUUAUUACAAGAAUGCAUUUAAGUUAAUAUAAUGUAUUGGAUAACAGGUUAUUGGAAAAUGUUUAAGAUCUUUUCACUGGACUAUAAAAUAUAUAUUUUUUAAUGCAAAACCAUUGAUGAACCAUAUUCAUCUAUUUUCUUUCCAGGUGUGAGGCAGAUUUGAUAUUGUGUUUUGAAAAUCACUGAUUACUGCACUAGUGAUGGAUCUCAACGCUCUUUUCAAGGGUAGAUUUUGUUGCUUUCUCAAGGACCCACUUGAAGAGGCUGAGACUUGGGGAGAGUCUGUGGACAAACUCCUGUGUUGUAAAUGUAAGGACAACGUUAUAUCCUUUUAAUAUACUGCCUGUCUGGAAGGCAUCACCAAGAGUGCUAAACUGAUUAUGGCAUCCUCAGGAUAUCUGAUUUAGAAAAUCACAGGCAAAUUACGAUUGUCUGUUACAAGUAACUAAAAUGUAUCAAGUUAGUAUUACUGCCUUUGUCUUGUGACAGAACUCAUGCUCAUAUGCUUUCAUACAAUAACAAACAUUGAGAAAUCUCAUUUCCAACAAUUCCCAAAUGUUCCCUUCUUUUCCUAUUUUUUUUAUGUCCAGCUGGGCAGGCAGCUUUCAGACAAUUCCUGAAGUCAGAGUAUAGCGAGGAGAAUAUGCUGUUUUGGUUGGCCUGUGAGGACUACAAGAAGAUCAAGUCUCUUCCAGAGAUGAUCUCCUCUGCAAACAGGAUCUACUCCGAGUUUGUGGAAUGUGAAGCACCCAGACAGGUAAGUAGCUACCUGGGGCCGUAUGUAUCAAGCUUCUCAGAGUAGGAGUGCUGAUCUAGGCUGAUCAGCUUAGUCUUUAAGAUCAUAAUGAAUACGAUUAUAUGGACAACAGAUACCUGAUCCUAGAUCAGCACCCCUACUCUGAUACACUCAACACAUACAACCGCUGAUCACAAUCUGCUGUAUUUAUAACAACUCAGAAUUAACAAAUUAAUUAAUAAGGACCUGGUUGGAUCUAGACCUGUUUAUACUUGUAUCUGCCUUUUUACAUUCAGUAGACAUAAGAUGUAGAAAUGUAUCUGGAAAAAACCAAACACAUGUAUUUACUGGGCAUAUAUCUUGGUUGAAGAUCAACAUUGAUUGUGGAACCAGAGAAAAUAUCACCAAGAACAUCUCCCAGCCAAGCCUGACUUCCUUUGACGCGGCACAGAAGCUGAUCUACAGUCUGAUGGCCAGGGAUUGUUACCCACGAUUCCUCAAGUCAGACAUCUACCAGGAUUUGCUGAGGAGAGCAGAUGCAAGGUGACUCUCUCAAAUGACAAACGCUCUAAGUGUUUCUCAACCUUUUAUUUACCAGACACUGGCAAGCUAUAGUCCCUCCAUCCAUGGAGGACCACUUUGAAUAAAGGGAUGGUUCACUUGUUUUUUUUUGUUUUUAACCUUACUUUCGACUUACCUAAGGUGUUGUUACCUAGGGUUUAGUUUAGCAACAUCCAGAAUCUCCUGGUUUGAAUGUUUUCAUUCCUUAAAACUAGCACCUGAAAACUGACUAAAUGGCUGUCAGCUAACCAUCUAACAAGGAACUGGUCAAGAACAACCCAUAGGUUGAGAAACACUGCUCUAAAAGAUGAUGUAAAGUACAUUCUUUCACCUCUUUCAUCUACUUAUGCUUAACAUGUUAUUGCAAUCCAUGUCAAAACGAUAUCAGAGAUAGCUUUUCUUAAACUGGUGACUACAUUUCAUGGAUUGAUUCCAUUCUCAAUUAAUGUAUAUAGUAUAAUGUGUGCAAUGUUGUUGUAUUUAACUAAGUUAUUUGUAGAGACUAAAAUGCCUAAAUGUUGCCCCUUUGACCAUAGAUCUGAUGACGAAUAAGUUCUUAAUUUGUAUCAAUAGUAUUAUCACUUCUGUAUGUAAUCAGAUACUGUCUCAAAUUGAAAUGAAAAUGAUCUGAAUGAAUCAAGC